GUACAUAAUGUGUGUGAGUUCCCUGACGCAUCGUCUUUGCCGCCUAUUCAUUCUUCGCAAACAAAAAGCCAGGUUCCAAAUCCUCAUCGGAUCUUCCAAGACCGUCAGACAUCCAGUCAUCGACUUCUCAUCAGGAAACUCGAUGUCCCAAAAAGUACGAGCAGGGCGGACGGGCAGCGGCCUCUCAGCCACUCAGCCUACACCAUGAACCGCCGUGCAGCUGCAGACUGCAGUCCAUCUUCUCGGGACCUAUUAUUGGGCAUCAACCACGCCUGACAAAUCGACAUUCCUGUCCAAUUUGCCGUCACCUCAAUAUCGACGCUCACGCCCAGGGAGGUAUGCUCAUACCUCCCAGGUGUCAUGUGUCCGCGAUGCACAAUGUCUUGCAGGCAAACGAGACCUCGAGAGUCGAGGGCUGCAUCGACAACAUGGUCAACCCAGUUCCCAGGGUUGUGGUGAAAGAACCGGGGCUGUUUGCGUCCGAGUCUGGAAAAUGGCUCCAUUUUCUUGCAGCACAUUGUCUCCUUUCUGAUUUCGAGGCUAUUUCUCCUACUCUCGUCGGUUGCAACAUCCAAAAGGAGUUCGCAACAAUGGCAAAUUCAUAUCCGCCAUGGCAGGAUAAAGGCAGAAUCAUCGAAGCCCCCCAGCACCUACACCAACCUCGUCGGUAAUCCUUUGACCAGAAUUGCAUCCUCUUUAUUGCCAUUUGUGAGGCAUGUUCUCUUCUCCUACGCUAGUAUUUCGGUCAUCGGUUCCGCGACUAGGUCAGUAAACCACCUUCCUUGCCAUUUAUCGCUGCGUUCGAGAUGAUGGUCAGGCUCCUUUACAUAUUCAGAGGUACUUCCCGGCUUAUAUCUCGUUUUGAUCCGCCCAACGAGCUCACUUCAGCCCAAUUACGGAAACCAACGCCUUGCGCUGGUACAAAAUAAUGUGUUACAUUAUCAUGAGAUUUUACAAAUGCUGGGCGAACAAGGCCACGACAGAACACCGGUACUCAUAUUUGAAUCGCUGCGCCAACCCCAGAUAUGCUGCAUGCGUCGCUCCAGGGGCUCUUGGCAUUCUGAAAGAGACGUACGAUGUUCCCUGCCCUUCAUGUACCUACGGGUUCUUCCAGACGCGAGCCCAACCGAAAAAGACUGAAUGGAGUUCCGGUUCCGCCGAGGAUAGCCCAAUGUCACGAGCCGCCGCCCGGGAAUACGCCAAAUCGUUGAUCGAAUUCCUCAUCAUGGCUUUCACUUCGGCGGACGGGAUCCCGGCACCGGGCCAAGAUCAACGAGCUUUCCGCGUGUGCAAGAUGGAGAUGGCCUGCCGCUUCGACAAGGACCAUUUCGAAAACGGGCCCAACUGCGAGGCGAUCCAUUGCGAAGAGCAAAAAGACCUUUUUGGCGACAUCAAAACCAACACUUGGACAGAGAUGCACAACAUCAGCGCAGCCAUGCGCCGAGCCGUCUCCCGUGGGUACCUAUUCCCUUACAGAGGCUACUGGCCUUGCCGAGGGCCGUUGUACGAUCCGCAUCUAAUGGCACACGGUGUUGGAUACGUGGUGCCCGUCACCGACAUGAAUACCGAGAGGCCUCAGAACGAAGGCCCCUCCGACACAUCACAAGAGUCCUACGAAAGCUGCGUUCGGCGUCACCUUGCCCAGCCAGCCAUCCCAUCCAUGACCACAGCCCCGAGAAAUCCAAAGGACGCCCAACCCAAACCAACCCCGGUUAUUCCUUUCCUGCGACCAGACUGGAAUGACCAAGCGGGAUUCGAAUCGAUUUGGAGAAACGUUUUCCGCAAUCAAAUCGUGGCCUUGCAGGGAGAGGCCAUAUGGAAAGAAAUAUUCCUUCAAUGUGCCCAACUGCAGGAGCCCAACAAGACCUUCAACCGUCACGAUGCGGACGAAGCUCUUAGCCUCCGUAAAGAUCUUUGCCAACUGGCGGCAAGGUUGAUAUCCGUAGACUCGGGUCUGCCUCCUGCGCGAGCCAUAGCUGUUGCGGCAGUUAUGACGCCCCUCUUGGACCCGAAUCCCUCCCCCAUUGCAACAAUCGACGUCGAGAUUACUGGCCUAUUGCAGAAACUUUUUCAAGCCAGAAAGGCUUCAGAACAAGAACGGUACAGAUUUGCGGGCGACAUGAUCGCCUUUGACGACUCCUGGAGGUACACCAAAUACCACCUCAAGCGCAACCGGGAAAUCACACUGAAUGACGAGCAUACCCGAGAAGUCGCCAUUGAGAACGCGAGCAUUCCGCUGACCGAGCCCGAGAUCGAUAGGCUCCGCGCGGCCGGCUCGUACGAUAUCGACUGCGUGGUCUGCGACGAAGAAAUGGGCGACCCGCAGGACUCGCACGCCGCCGUGCGCCUCAAAUGCGACGCCCACCACUCUAUAGGUAAGAACUGCUGGAUGCGGUUCAAUCGUCGCAAGAAAGGUCAAUACACAAACGGCAUACGGUGCCACUCAUGCGCGGACAAGAUUAUAGGGACCUGGGAUGUGCCGAUCAACCUGGAGUUGUUGGAUGCAUACGACAUAGGGACCUCUACUCCGUUGGGUCUGACGCUACCAGGAGAUCUCCUUGAGUGACUAUGUGUAAUUUAUAGUGUCUGGAAUUUUCUGAGCCGACAGGCUUCCUGAUGGCGUUGCUUUCAACUGUGCUUGGUCGAUGGAGUUGGAAAACGGGGUCGUAGCCUUGGAUGGGACUGGCCACUAGGUGGUGAUACAGUGAUACUAGAUGGUUUCUCUGACUGUUAGACUGAUUUUGUUCUUUUUUUGAUUCAUCCACUCUUGGCUUUUCAUUCUGUUUAUCAUAGAAAAACACUGCAAAUUUAUAAGUCACAAAUCGUGUGGCGUAGUUUCAC